AUGUUUGACAUCCAGAUUGUCACCUUGGAAGCUGCUGAAAAAGUAUCUGAAAACGACCUCCCAAUCACAAGAGCUACAUCACCUUGGAAUGAGGGUUACUUUCCAGAUGCCAUUCCACUCCUGAGCCCAGGAGGCAUUUUCAGGAAAUCUGUUAAACUUCCACCAGGUGAGGCACAAAUAUAAUUUGGUAGGUCACAAGACAUUCUGUCAUUCCAAGUUCCUAACAGAUGGACAUAAAUGUGAUUUCUUUGGAAAAGAAAGACCCAUAAAGUUCUUCAUGGACUUGAAAUCAGUGUAAGUGUCCAUGUAAGUUUUUGAAUGUUAAGCUUCUAUAAUUAACCAUCUUAAACAGCUGAUAUUACCAAGAAUACGUGUAGAUUGUUUUACACAUUUAUGUUUUGCUUGUCAUGUAUUCUUUAGACAUAUUACUUAUUAUGAACUACAAUGUAUAUCUGAAACCAUUGCGGAACGACAUUGUCCAAGCUACCAGGACAGCUUCACCCAGAAAUAAUCCAUCUUACUUUCUGAUGCAGCUUACAGGAGGCUGGUGGAGACUUUCUUACCACUGGAAAACAGGCAGCUCUGCAUCUUGCUUACCUUAAAUCACUAAUUAUAAUCUACGCAUUUGCUCCUAUUGUUCUCAGUAAUGGCGAGAGGGAAAAAAAAUUCUUCCUCAAAGAUCUUCAUCAAAAUUGAUUGGUUGCUAUCUUUCAAUGACCCUGUUAUUUUAGUGCACGAUUCUCCAGCUUUGGCCUUCCAAAGACUGAUGGCCUACGUCUACCAGAAUUAUUUGAAUGCAACAGAUGGCUAGAGAAUCAUGGGAAUUGUAGUUUAGCAACAUUUGGGAGGGGGGGGGGGUCUGGAGUUUAAGAUUCCUGCUUUAUUCAUUAUACCUACAUAUAGUGUAGUUUUGUAACUGUGACACAGCUUGACAAAGACCUCUUAGCAGGUAGAAACAUUGCUGCUCUUUUUAGUUCCAUUAAACAUGCCUGUGGCUUGAACACCUUGAGUGCCUGGAUAUUUUUUUUGUGUUUGCCUGAUGUGUUUUGGGAUUGCCGGAUUGCUGGUCCUGCUCGAGUGCACCGGGUGGUCUGCUGGCGAUUGAGUGCAGCUCCUCUCUUCAUUUUUGCAACACAGCUGCAAGUAUUGUCCUUUGUUGAUGGCAAGUAUUCAUGUGUGAGUGACUUCUGCUGCAUCUAGUAAAAAAAAAUUGUUGAACCAUAUUUUUUUACUAUGCACAGUUCAUUAUGGCUUAGCAUUUAUUUAUUUUAGGUUACUUUAGGUAUAGUCUUAAUGGAUUAUUAAUUAAGCAUCAGGGACUGGCUAUGGUCUACUGAUAUUCAGUAUGUCAUCAACAAAGUAUUACUGUUUGUAAUCUUAUACCUUUACUUUUAUGCUACCUAAUGCAGAAAUCUCACUCCUUCUCACACAUGCUGUGAAAAUACUAGAUGUCUUGUAGAUGUGCUUGGAAUUGUGGGCCCUCUAGUGGACUCAGAGAGAUUCAAUCGACCAGCCCAGAACAAGGCAGCAAAAAAGCUGUAAGCUGACUGCUAAACGGACUUUAGUUGGCACAGCACCAUCUGUUGGUGGAAGGCUACCUUGUUGCAGUUGUAUGCAUUACCAUAAUAUUUACGCUAAAUAAUUUGUAUUUUCAAUUACUGUAUUUUUUCAUGUAUAAGACUAUGCCUUUUUCUAAAAAAAUUAAGUCAAAAAUUGGGGGUCGUCUUAUACACUGAAUGUCACUGCAGGGGUUAAAAAAACCCCACCUGUGCAUGGGGCCUAAGUUAAGAUGGCUCCUGCCGCGUUUUAGUUUGCCACGACCCACACACAUACCUGGCCUCCCGCCGAUCCACUUCUGAAUGCUGUGGCAAAGAGGAAAAGGUCCCUAUAUGUAUGGGAGCUGCAGCAGACAUCAGCACUUACAACCAACAUAGCUCCAGAGACAUGCCACACCAUAAAAGGAGCAGCCAUAUUAAGGUUUGCUCCACCUCAGGUAGGUAUUGCUUUCUGAUUUAUAUUUAUGGGGGAGGAAAUGAAGAUCAUGGAGCUGGGGGAAUACUACUGUGAUGUCCCAGCAUGCUCUCACACCACCUGCUGUAUUGUGGGAGCUGUAGUCUCCCAGCAUGCACUAUAGAGCCAUUACCUUCACAGAGUACCCUAGCACAGAGGAGGCAUGAGAAUCAGAAGUGUGUUGUUCUCCUCAGAAGUCACCUCUAAAAUAUCAAAGUCGCUCUAUUUGAUAUAUAAAAUAUUGAUUUCUUAAUUUUGGUCUAAUAAAAUUAUACAGGGAAAAAUACGGUUUAUUGCAAUGCAGUCAGAAUGCCGUGUUAGUUUUUUUUUAGAGUUUUAUUUUUAUUGAGAGUCAAACAAAUGAUCUGAGUUUCUGAAUAUAUAGUUAUUGAAUUUUCCCCUCACUCCACCUCCUUGUGACAGAGUUAUACUUUUUCUUGUGCUCUUGCCUAUAUAUUUCUACAUACUGUACUGUUAUGUUCUAUGUGUUGUUUUACAUUUCCUUCCAUGAUUUGAAUGUAGAGUUGUGAAAGACUACUCCCAGUUUAAUAUAGAGUGCUUGGAAGAAUUUCAUGUGGAACACUGAAUUAAGCCUAGUCCUUUCAAGGAUUCCAGUGACAGAGCCUGUUUGCUGAAGGCUCUCAGUCAAUCGGGACUGGCUACAAAGUUUGAAGAUCUGAGAGUAGUCAUAGAGCUGUUACUUUUCUAAACUGACCAAAAGUGAUUUUAUAAUGAAGUUGCGGGGAUGAUACCUGCCUCUUCAGCUGGAAGAGCUUAACACCUUACCCACAAAAAAACAAAUGGCUGCUAUGGUUUCUGGAACCAGAGGAGUAGAGACUAAUGAUGUGGUGGGACAGGUCCAGAUCUCAAGCCAAGUCAACCCCGUUCCCACUACAAGAACAAAUUAUUAUAAUUUUUUUUUUAAUUUUGACAUUAACAGCUUUAUUAUAAUUGGUAAUAUUUCUAUUUUAAAAUGUAAAUUAUUUAAAUAUUCUUUUAAUAACCUUUUAAAUAAAUAAUGUCUUUGAAGGAAAGACAUUGUUUCUGAACAUAUUCAUACAUGCAUAUUUUAUUGUUAUAAAUAGGAUCCAAAGGGGAUUUUGAAGAAACAAGAACACGAGGUAAAGUUUUAACAAAAAAUGUUGUUUGGUAUAUGAAAAUAUUGAAUUUAAGAUGGAUAGGUUAGACCUUUCAAAAUAACAUUUAAUUUUGUUUUAAUCAUAAAUGAAUUACCUUCAUAUAAUGGACAAUUUAUGUUUUGGUAAAUUAUAAAAUGAAAUAAUAGUGUGACACCUCUAGUCAUUUUGGAUGCAGAAACACUGCAUUAUAAUAGUACUGUCAUGCCUUCUGGUUCCACUGUAUUAUAUUGUCUAGUAGGUUAAAACUGAAACUCCACCUAAAUUAUAGUUUGAGUUUACAAAUUCUAGUAUGAGAAUCUAGCAAGUUACAGGAAUGAUAAAUAACAGCCUGAAAUGGGACAGGAAAAAUUAUAUAUCAGAAUUAUCAGAAUUAUUCAUAACUAACAUGCAAUUAUUGCAGGUUUACCAGGGAUUCCUGGGCCACCUGGGUCAGUUGGACCAGUGGGAUUGCCUGGAUCCAAAGGAGAGCGGGGGCAAGCUGGCGAAAUGGGUCCUGCAGGUCCACCAGGUAAUAUUUUUUUAUUGCUUAUUUUGAGGUUUGUGUAAAAAAACAAAAACAAAAGGAGAUGAUGACAAGACUGAUAUUUUUUAUAUAUAUGUAUGCAUAUUUUAAUUUAGUAUGUCCUUGUAUUUGUCCUUCUAGUAUAUGUACAAGUAACCAGAGCAUUGAUAAAUUAGUUUAUUGCUUACAAUAUUCCAUAUUCAUUUUAAAGGAUUUUGAAGAUUUUUUUUUGUGUUUCUUUUUUUUGUAAUGUAAACACUUAAAUAGGCUCUGUCUGCCCCCCUCACAUUCCCCCUCCCACCCAAAAAAAAAAGAUUUAUGAAAUACUCAGAAAUUCCAACGCAGUCAAAAUAUAUCAUAACACAAAGUAGGGACUACUACUCUUGACAAAAAGUGAAGCUACUGCUGUCAAGUUUUGUCAAGGCCUCAGCCAUAAUACCAAUCCCAGCCCUGCUGGCAAUAGUACUCUCUAUGUUGCACUAUAAAGCUCACACCACAACUCAAUGAAGUGGCAUCAUGUCUAGAGAUGACUACAAAAGCAUUUCAACUUUAGAAAAUGUGGAAAUGGAUUCAACUGAAAAUAAAUAAGCUGUUACAAAUGACAAGAAGACUAACUGAAAAUGUGUCCUGAGUAAAUGGUGAAAGAGUUAUUAUACCAAGGUAUAAUUAGCUACUGAUUUCCAAAUUUCAUAAACUGUGAAACCUACUUCCUGUCUGCUAAAGUGUAAAAAUGUUUAAUAAAUCUUCCCUCUAAUUUAUUUCAUAUAAGGACCCAUGGGACCACAAGGACCAAGAGGACGUCCUGGUGAAGCUGGGAAUCCAGGGCCACCUGGCCUUCCUGGGCCACCUGGACCUCCAGGAAUUCCUGUCUCUGUUCCAGAAGGAGUUUUGUACUCUUUGCAGCCUACUAUGGAGAGAGAAAGUACGUAAAGGUUGAUGAUUUUAUAAGUGGUAGUAAAUUUACUAAAUUCAAUGAGCUUUGUGCUAAAGAAAUGGCUGAUGGAUCUUCUAAUCAAGCUGACCUACCCAAAACAGCUGUUAAUGAGAUAUCUAUUGAGUUUCACUUGGGUUUCAGAUGGACGGAACCCUUUUUUGUUCGAAACAGUUCUAAGAUGGACCCAAGUACAAAUAUGAAUUUCCAAGCUUUAAGGUUACUAUUUAAAAUUUGUAUUGUUUACAGGAGGCAAUGUAGACUUGCUCAAUUUAAUAUUGUAACUUCCUGCUGCAGAGAACUACUGGCUAUACACGUUUCAAUACAUAGCAAACAAAGGAGGAAAUUUCCUCUCAAAUAAUUACACAAAAUACCUUAUUGCAAUAGUUUAGAGUAAACCUCUAAAAUAUAUAGUAGGUUAAGGGCAAAAGACCAAAGGCCAAUUUCUGGUGUACCCAAAUCCUAUUAUAAUUUAUUGGCAUUACUUGCAUUUUUAGAGGGUAAAGCUUACCUUUGUAGGGGCAAAUGUCAUGAGUCGGGGAACUGCACUAUGCCAGUGUACAAUGAACCAACAAUAAACAGACAAGAGUCCUGCACAUCCAGUAUAAAGAGUGCACACCCAGGUGCUACCGCAGUUUAUUUGAGGACAAACUUAAGCCAGCAAACGUUUUGGGCAGCAGCCCUUUCUCAAUGCUAAUGUCCUACAGUAUUUUGCAAGAUAACAAUAAUAUAUACAAAAAAGAAUGCUUACAUAACCCACAAGUGCCACCCCCAGGUAAUCAAAUGUAGAAGCUAGAUCAGAUGUACAUUAACUUUCUAUCACUCUGGCUUGUUAGACGAUCCCAGUCACUUCCUGGAUCGGCCGAGAUGUCCGUGAUGACGACAGACGUCAGGUGCUUCGUAUGUGCUGUCAUCACGUUACGUUGUUAGGCAACAGGUAAAUAAUAAUGAAACCAUCUAGAGAUAACAGCAGGACAGCAUUUACAGCUAUCAUAAUAGCAUACAAACGGCUAAAAGUGGUGGAAGAGACCAAACCUUUGAGCAACAGACAAGUUAAAGCAACAUUAUCAUUCCUUAAUAAAGUAAGCAGAUACUUAAACACAUAUACAUUUAAAGGGAUAUAGAACAUGUUUGUAAACAUCCAAUUAAAGUUCUACUGAAAUCUUCAAGUAAUAAGGCAUAUAUACAAUUGCACUAUAUAUGUGCAAGGUCAGAGUGCAAGGUGUGUGCAAGGUGUGUCUCAGCACAGGACUGCAAUUUGCAGCCCUACCUCUGAUACUCCAGUCACGCAACAUUUAAGAGAAAGCAGACACAAUGUUUCUCAAUUACGCUACCAAAUAUUAGAAAGGGUACCCCAACUUACUAGAGGAGGAAAUAGAGAAAAAAUACUAUUACAAAAAGAAAUUCGCUGGAUGCACCUUCUGGAUACAGUGUCACCUCAUGGUCUUAAUGAGAAGCUUGAGUGGCACUGGUUCCUUUAGGUGCAGCCUUUAUGUGCCCGCUUUGGGAUGCUCCCUGGAUCAGGGUAUGUAUUUUAUUUCUGUAUCUGGUCACUGCAUGAUCCUGCUAUGACUCCAGUCCAGUGAGUCUCAAUUAUUUGUAACAUCUGGAAUGGCACUCUGUUUGACCCUCACAAGAGAGUGAGGGUUGUCUCUGCCUAUGUAUUUAUUUGUUCUACUUUAUUGUCAUUUCUACACUGUAUUAUACACUUGACUUGCUGGGUCUUCUGUGUGGUUAAUCCUACUGUCUCUGACAUUGCACAUAUAUAGUGCAAUUGUAUAUGAAACACAAUUGCACCCACCUGGACAUUAGCUCUCCUCUGUUAUAUUCUAAAUAACCGCACAGUUUCCCGAUUGGUGAGUGCUGAGGUGGACACAAAGUCCCCCUGCCUCAUUUAGUAAGAAUACCUCACCUAUGGAUCAAGGGUCGGGGCAGGAAGGACAUUAAUGUCCCUGUAGUUGAUUAUAAUUUAUUAGCCCCCACCCGCUAUCCACAGGUGUAAGCAGGAGAGUGGACAGUUUUCCACUCCAUAUUAUGUAAUUUAAAUUCCCCAUGGGUGGGGGCAUGGGUAGACUAUGUCCCUAAGCCCCCGUUCUCCUACAGGCUACUCACUCCCCAGUUAUUUCACAGCCAAUGACUGCCCAGUUGCUAUUUUUAAUAAGUAAGUAAAUAUGCCCCCACCUGCCACACUGCAGCAAACCUCCUUUAAGCAGCAAUUCUGGAACAAUGCGCAUUAACCCUCAUGGUACAGUAAUUUUUAUUAACAAAUACAUUAAAAACAAACAAGUCACCCUCGAAAGUCAGGUAUUCACAAUUUAUAGUGCCUUCACUGGAAGCGGUAUACAGGUGUAUUUGAUAUCAAAUUUCGGUUUAUAGCCCUCGGUCACCCACCAAAAUCUGCUUCCGUAUUCCCAUAGCCAUGCGCGUAGCUAUUUUGAAAUCCACAGAGUGUCGCUAUUACGGUAUGCUGCUUGGCUCAACUAACAUAAAUUGUAACAAUCAUGCAAUCCUGCACGUUGUGUAAACCUGAGCUUAUUUCCUAAGGGAUCUUGAACGAUCACCACCCAUAUACAUUCAAAGUUAUCAUGUUUGCUGCACCAUUGAAACUCAUGUUAAAUCUAAACCUCAAUAAAAACUAUGAUUGAGAAAAAAAAGCCUUAGUAAAUAGCUCCCUAAACUAAAAACGUGUUCCUGCAUUUAUAUCCCUAGUAGUUAAACAUCACACCAAAUACAUACCGUAGUUUUCUUUUGUUGUUAAAAUGUAACCCUUUUGAAAGUUCUCCCUCUAGCUUUGCACAACAGUAUUUAGGAAUUUUAAAUGUAUUAAUUAAUUUGAUGCAUCCUCCUCUUUUAAUAUAACUAAAGUGAGGGGGAACGUAUCUAAAAAUGUGUCUAUUUUUUAUGAUUUUAAUUUUUUAAAUGAUUUAAAUCAUACAAAAAGCACUUAUAGGGAUACUCCAACCACUGUGACUAACUCAGUGAUAUUAAGUGGUCAUGGUGGUAGGAGUCAGUAUGUGCAGUACUGAGAUAUUUGUAAUUGUGUGCUGAGGGCUAGUCGCACUCCCAGCACAUGUAAUAUUGGCAGCCCAGAACUCUGUUCCAGGCUGGCACUGUCAAUUCUGUGCACGCAGGCAACAGAUGUAAAAAUCUUUCCCUUGCUGGCAGAGCGCUCAGUGCUGUACACUCCCUUCACUCACUAGCCUGGAGCAUGCGCAUGCACUCUGAGCCAGCAAAAUGGUCCUGUGAUUGAACCACGCAUGGUCCCAGUGAUGUCAAAGGCAAUUCAGCACUGGGAGCACCUUUCUUUUGCAUAUUACACCGGAAAGGUCCCCCCUCUCACAAAAGGUUAUAGUUACUCUUAAAUAGAAAAUAUCAUAUAUACAUUAUCAAAGUAUAAUAUUUAAAUUAAAAGCUGUCAAAUCCAAAUCUUGAUUGAGUCCCUCUUUAUACAAAGUACCUAUUUUAAAAAUCCAGUAUGAUUCCCUUUUUUGCAGCUUAGUGAACCUAUCUCUGCCUCGUUUGGUAGGUGCUAUAGUUUUUAGUCCUUUUACUCUUAAGCCUUAAGGAUCUUCUUCAUGUGCCUCUAAGAAAUGUAGGGGUACCAUAUUUAUUUUAUUUAUUAUUUUAUUUUAUUCUGCUUAUUAUCGCCAGUUUUGCCCACAUGGGUAUUCCAAUGAAUAAAUAACAUAAGUAAGUAUACGAUUUAUGGCUAGUGCUGCUAGCGGGCAUAUAGUUUGCAUAUUUUUUAAAAUCUGAUUUGAAGCCCCCAGGCCCACAUUUGACCAGCUGAAAUCCGUUCAAAAUUCAGGCCUGUUCGAAAUUGCAAAUUCCGGACAUUGUUAGAUAUUGUGAACAAUGUCUACAUAUGCAGCUGGAUGGUUUUGCUCCAUUCGGUACUGGACCAUUCUGACGUUAGUGAAUAAACCCAUUAGUGGAAACAUUACAAAUGAGGAGGAAAAAUAUAAACAUUGUUUCACUUCUCUUUUUAUCUGUGUGCUAUCUAUGCUGACUGCCAGGUGCAAAGGACAGAGCUUAUAACAAUUACUGACAGGGAGCCAAGAUGGAGGCACCCAAUUGCAGGAUAAAGAGGUUGGAUUUCUACAUGUAAUUUUAUUUUUCUCAAUAAAUACAUAUUUGUUAAAUAUAGGGAUCAGUAAAGAUAAUGGUGUGAUGGACCGCCGUCACUGAGUACCACGCCCACUGCUUAUUUGUGUGCUUCCCCCCUGUGUAAUGUAUGGUUCCCCAUGUAUUUUUAUGUAUUUCUACGUAUUUCGUAUUAUAUACCCAGUUAACCGUUCAGAUGCACUCAUGCAAACGGAACCAGUUUAUCUCCCGAACGCAGACCACCCCGGUACCCCAUUAGAAUGCGCACACCAAUCAAUCAGAACAUUUGCACCUGCAACAUAAGUGUGAAACCGCCAUGGAAGUAAUUAAUGAGUGCUCCCCUGGGUGGCUGCCAUUUCGUAUAGGCGAACACCAUCCGGGGGGAGCAUUCGUUUCCCGAAAGGAGACGCUUCCAUUGCGGGGUCUUCGCACCGGGAUUCCAUGAACGGGUCCAUGAGGUUGAUGGGGACACUUUUUGGUACUGGUGGUUUGGAUCUCCCACCUGCUCCAUAAUCACUGUUCGCCCUACCCGGGACCUAUGAGGCCAGGCUUGUAGCUGCCCAGAGAGAGCUCUCCACAGGGCCCCUAAGUCCCCCCCCCCCUUUUUGUAAUAUGUGUUAAUGUAUGUAACUGUGUCCUGUUGGUAUCUCCCAGAGCGGGAGAUGGUUAUCUGUAAACCAUCCCCCUCUACUGCCUGGGAUAAAGGAAAGUGUAUUGAAAGAGUGAAGACCCCCUGUGGGGGUCUGUGCAUAAAAGCUGUGUGUACCAAUAAAGGAUUGUCAGUGUUGUAACCUCCAGAACUAAAUCUUGUCCAGUUACUGGGGGGAAGAAAGGGUUAAUCCCUGUGCCAGCUUGUCACAGCUGGUGGAGGAUGUAGUGGGGAAAGUCCUUGUAAGGACUGUAACUCCCAGGACUGAGGGCCGUCCAGUGCCUGGGAGCGAGCAGAGCUAGUUCCCCUAUCCAGCCACAGCUCGUAAACAGACCCUUGGCGGAGGUACGCAACCGGGGUACAGGGAACUCCGUUACAACUGGGAAGGGACAUUUCCCCUAUAAUGUGCCGGUAAGGUAGCUGCAAGGUCACAGUUUCAAAUCCCGGCAGGGUCAACUCAGAUCGAUAAAAUGACUACCAUCAAUUGGGUAAUAAUAACAUCUAUUACUAUUCAGCUGCCGAUUUGGUUAAUUCCAAGAGCGUGUGCUGAAAACCGCUUUGAGUCCCACUGGGAGAAUACUAGUUAUUAUUAUUAUCAUAGUGUAUAUGUGUUAAUAUGAACAGUAUAUGUAUCAAUGUUGUGUUUAAAGUUUAGUUUGGCAUUACUAGGGAUGGGUGGAGCUUGAAAAGGAAGUUAUAGGACAUGAGUGUGGAAAGAGUUUGACACCUCUGGCAGCGUCAUUUGGGCAUCAUUAUAUUUAUAUGAACAGAGUUGCACUCAUUGGCUGAGAGUUGUCAGCUGAUGCUUUUACCCAAAGAAUGGCCAACAGGACUGGCAUCCAUCUUCUGCAACUCUUCAGAAGUUGGAUGUACAUCACAGCCAGCAAGAGAGGACCCUCGACACCCAGCAUGACCAGGUAGGAUGGUAAACCAUAGAAAGAUUAUUUGCCCCAUUAAAGGAAAUAAGGUCAGGGUACUUCAGGCAUAAUAACCAUUACAGUGGACUGUAGUGGUUAUGAUGCAUGGAGUAACCCCUUUAAAAAAAACAACAAAAAACAGCUGCAUCAAAUCUGUACAGUAGGGGGAGCCAUAGAAUGAGAUAUAGACAUCAGACAUUCAGUUCAAUAUACAAAAUCUGUACAGGAUUAUCUACUGGUAGUUUAAUAUGUAAUGUCAGUGUUUAUAAAACCUGAAUACAUUUUAGUUGACAGUUCAUAAAACGGAUCUUAAUUCAGACUGGAGCUGGAUAGGGAUGCUCAAUUAUUUUGCAAUUCUUUGGUGAAAAAAAGUCAUCUGAGAAGAGAUUGUGGAUGAAGCAGCAAAGAAAAAGAAAACAAAGAAUACUGUUUAAGUUAAUUAGUUUGUUUUUCCUUAAAAUAUUUUCCAUACAACGUAACCAGUGAGGAUCACAGCAAAUCCAAACUACUUUUAUGUGUCUAUAACUGUAAGUGCCAGGUAGUUUAAUCCUUUUCUUUCAGUUGUGGAGGAAAAUCUUGACUAUAUUUGUUUUCAGUAGUUUACAACCAGCUGGAAAAAAAUCUACAAAAAUCUUUUAAGUAAAAAAGACAGAAACAAUUGUAUGAGUAUUCUUAAUAUGUCUGCUCAUCUGCUAAGCACCGACUGUUUUUUCCCCAAACACUGAAAUUAAAAUAUAUAUAUAUUAUACUCUUUAAAACCUUUUUUAGGUCCAAAUCUCUCCUGCAUGUCAAUCACCUGCCUUACUAUUGGUUUAUCCUGACUACACUGAAAUCUGUUAUCCUGACCUUGGAUCUAUAUCCUUACAUUAUUGUCUCUCUGUACUCCUGACCUUCGCUAUUCUGACUACGACCACCCUAAGGGCCGAUAGUAUGUGCUAUCGUUCUAUCUGUCUCAGGCUUGCAUGUUAGGGUAUAUCAUUCUGGCUUAUAAUAUGUGAUUUAUGCAGAUGGUUUCAAUGAUAUGGAAACCUACUGGAACAAAAUGAACAAAUAAAUAUCCUCAGGAGUAACGGAAUGAUGACAUCAUUGGUGAGUGAAAAGAAUAAAAAAUGGUGGGACUCCCUAACAUGGCGUGACUUGAGUUUGUCAAGGCACGACUGGAACAUGUAUGCCUAGUUCCCCUUGCAAAAAAAGGUUCCAUUUAAGUCAGCCGGCGGGGGAGACCUAAUGCACAUGUGCGGCAAUGGACGCGCACGCGCGUUAGACCUCACCAUAGGAAAGCAUUAUUCGAUGCUUUCCUAUAGGGAUUUCGGCGACACUGGAGGUCCUCACAUAGCGUGAGAACGUCCAGCGUUGCUUAAAGCACUUUUCGUGUUCUAAGAACAUGGAAGUACCUCUAGUGGCUGUCUAAUAGACAUCCUCUAGAAGGGGACUUAACCCUGCAAGGUAAAUAUUACAGUUUAGAAAAAUUGCAAUAAUUACACUUGCAGGGUUAAUUGCGAUGGGAGUUGGCACCCAGACCACUCCAAUGGGUAGAAGUGGUCUGGGUGCCUGGGGUAUUCUUUAAGUGUUUAGUUUGCGAAAUAAAGCCAAGAGUGUGAGAAAGGGUAUUACAAUGGGAAAACAUGAUCACAUUUAAAUUCCAACCACCGAGUUUAAAGGGACACUACAGGCACCCAGACCACUUCAUCUCUUUGAAGUGGUCUGGGUGCAUUUCCCUGUCCCCUUAACCCUGCAACUUAAAACAUUGUAGUAUUAGAGAAAUUGCUUGUUAACAUUAUUUACAUUUACAUGUUUUCAUUGCAGGGUUAAGACUGCCUCUAGCGGCUGUCUACCGUACAGUCACGCUUCCAACAUUUUCAUGGAGUUUAACUUCACAAUUCCGAAAGGAAAGCAUUGAUUCAUUUUCCUUAAUCUAAGCACAGUUAAAGGCUAGGUUUUGGUUAAUAAUAACAGUACUACAGAUUCCAUUUAACAAUGGGAAAAUAAUGAAAAACUACAUUAGCAGACAAAAGUUGGGACAAUGUGUUAGCAGUUAAAGCAAACAUUUCAGGCAUACCUAAAUGAAAAUGUAUGCUUUAUGGCAACAAAUAUAUUACUGAAUUCCUAAGGCUGGAAGUAAAUGAAAAACAAAUAAAUUCUAUUUAACAUACACACCAAGUUAGAAAAGAUGCAUGCUUUUUGGGGUUUAUACACUAAACACCUGUCAUAAUAACUACCAAUUCUGUUCAAUGUCCAGCAAUGACUUUUCCUUUAGCUGAUGUAACACGGGAUGCUCCAAUCCUGUGUCAUUUAUUGACGCCAUAGCUGGGCAUAAUUUUUCCAUUUAGCUUCUUCGGUGUCAUUCUUGCAUCAACUAGACUUGAGCAUUAGUUUUUGGCCGAAUAACAAUUAUGCCAUAACCAUGAAGUGCUAUACGUAUGACCGAAUUAACAACCUGCACAAUGGAUAAGUAUUUUAGUUUAAUUUGUAAUUCAAAUUCUAUCUGUGGCAUAAGAUAAAGAGAUGAUUGAUGGGUAAAAUAUGGUAGAUGGUUAGGGGACAGCCACUAAAUGUUAAUUUUAUUCACAGAUCAGGUGUUUCUCACUAAUAUUAGAGACUGUGUGCAGACUUCAUGAUGAAACCUGUUAGCUCAUUUUGUUAAUAAGAAAACUGUAGAACACUUGCUUAGUAGUUUCUAUUUUUAGAAGAGUCAGAACAGUCCUUCAGAACCUCUGAGGAUGACCAAUGAAAUGAGUAAUAAUAGUCAUAAUAGGAAAUGUGAAUUUAUCUCCAUGUUUAGAACACAUUUACUAUUAUUCCUUCAACAUAACAGAGAUAAUGUCACAACACGUUGGGAUCCUCAGCAAGAUACAAGUCAACAAUCUGUGUAAACUUGAGGUCAACACGCUUGGUCUUGUACACAUACAGAAACAGGACUAUAUCGUGAUCACUCAUAGUCGUGGUCUGGUACACUAUACAGGCACAGGGUGAAUGUGGUCAACGUAGCGUACACAGGGAUAAUACUAGAGAGUAAAAUAACAAGAAUCAGGAACAGAAACAAUAAUAACAGGUUUACGAGCUUUGAGACCACGUAAGGACAAUGGUCCAUAGAAAAGCAAGUGUAUGUAUAUAUAUAAGCCUUUAGUUUGGUUCUACUUACUGGUAUUUGUCAGUUAUUUAGAAUUGCAGAUAGGCCACCUCUAUAUAAAGCUAUAUAUGGUUAUGUAAUUUAAAUGAGAUUGUAAUGGGAUCCAAGUUUGGAGUAUGAUUUACAUACGUUUUUAUUAUUAUUAUUGUAAGUGUACUGUGCUUAAAGUUUUAAACAUUUGUGACUUUAAUUAACAAACGCUUCCCUUUUGCUCAAUAUACUUUCUCCCAGAUCACAUAAUGUGAAUAUAAAUAUCAGUAUAACUUAUGCUCUGAAAUGAAUCGAUUCUUGGGAAUUGUGACGCAUGCUGCAAAUUUCUACUCUCCAGUUCGUGUUGGGUUGCUAGUCUUGAUUUAUUUAUACUUGACUAAUGAUGAAUAAUUAUUGACCCUUAUUAAUGGAAUUAAACAUCUGCCAUAUGAUAGAAGAUACUAAUUUAAUAUUUUAUUUUACAACUGCAUCGCUGGACUAAUACAGCUACAACCUCUACUCCCAAUAUAUAUAUAUAUAUAUAUAUAUAUAUAUAUAUAUAUUAAAAUAUAUAUUUUACUUUUUUUAUCACACAGAUGGAGAGCCACAUCUCGUGUCAACAAUUACAGACACAAUAAUGUCUGGACUUCCUGGUCCUCGUGGACCACCAGGCCCUAUUGGACCGCCAGGUAAGUGAAAGCAACUUACACCUGCAAAAGAGGUGAGAGUGAGUGGUAGAUAUACUUAGAAAGCUUUUAUUUUUUUGCGUGUGAAAUCUUUAUAAUUGCCACUUAACAUUUAUAUAAAACAUAGAGAAUUAUGAUUACAUAGAGAGUUAAUAUUUGGGAAAUGUUCUGUUUCCCAGAGCUAGAAAUUGAGCAGUGCCAGGUCUCUGUUUCAAAUUAUACACCAAUAAUAAUUACAAAAAAUAAAUUUAUUUGGAGGAAACUAGUGAUUGAAGUGGUAGUAAUAAAACAUUACCAUAUGGCUAAUGGUAUUUACAUGCUGCAAAGGAAUGCAGUGCAGGUGCAGUACAGCACAUGCAAACAGGGUCAUACCAUACUAUAUAGAAUGGAAUGCCAGAUAACAUUCCAUCUAUUGUCCUGUGCAUGUUACCUUAAAGGAACACUAUAGCGUUAGGAAUACAAAUGAACAUCCCUAACAUAUUGCCUUUGUCACCAUUUAGGUGAGCAGGCCCUCCCCCCAUUUCCCCAUCUAUACUGCAUGGGUUAAAAGUUAACUCCUUAAGAGUUUACUUACCUUGUUUCCCACACCGCGCUGCAAUGUCCGUGGCUGUUUAAAAUUGAUAAUCUCAGCCAAUCCAAUUUUUUGACCAAGGAAAGCAGUAGGAGGCAUUUGCGCAUGCAUUGCACGGCAACACGCCAUGUAGCUCCAAACAGGUGGUCUCUAUUAAACCAUCUGAUGGAAGUAAUGUAGUUUUACUCCACUAUUCCACAGAAGUGCCUCCAACGGCUGUCAUAUUGACAGCCACUAGUGGCCUGGUAUCUUUGCAAAGAAAACAUUGAAGUGGUCUGUGUGCCUAUAGUGUUCGUUAAAAGAAAAGGCGCACCGUAUUGUUAGUCUCACCUUGGGACUUUGCUUCUAAUCUUGGAUAUCAUUGAUAUAGUUAUUUUUUCCCCAUUUUCUCAUGUGAAGUUAGUUAUGUUUGGUUUCAUAUUUGUUAAUAGGAAUUGGUAAGGACUCCAAGUACUUUGGUUCCAUAAUUUAUGUGUUACUGUGAAACAUCUGUGCUGAAUUAAUCAUUUCUUUAAUGUCAGGGAAAGUUUAAAAAUUGUUUCGGAAACCAAUAAAACUUUAAUUACAAAAGAAUUGUUUGGAAAUAAAUUUCUGAUAUGUUUGUAUCAAAUCUGAGAAUAAUUUGGGUGAAUAUAGGUCUCCUAAAUUGUUAUUUGUUUUGUAUUUAAUGUGGCUAUUAGAAAACAUUCUUUAAAAAAAUCUCCAUUCAUUCUAAUGAAUAUCUAAUUUUAAGGUUUAGGACCCCCAUAUGCAGCUACUUAUAACAUCAAAGGAAUUUGGGCUGUUCCUAAUUAGAGUAAUUUAAUUAUGAGUAGUUUCUUUAUAAAUGGUGAGGAACAUUAUUUUGUCAUAUUGAAUUUUUCAGUUUAAAUCUGUGACUUCAAAGACUUUUAUGGGACACUCUAAGCAGCAUCCAAGUAGAACUUCAAUUGGUGUGAUAAAAUAACAGAAAGUGCAAAUAGUACUAAACUUUAAUAAUCAUAAACCAAAAAAAGGUAUAAAAACCAGAAAAGUAUCCUAUCGCAUUUCCUGCAUCGCGUGGAACUUACUCUUAGACAAGAAUAGACUCUAGGUACCACAACCACUUUAUCUUACUGAAGCAGUAAUGUUUCAGAUACCUUGUCUCUGCUGCAUUUAUUUAUUUUUUUAAAUGAUGGAUUCCACAGAUAAAUACAUUUAUUUUCUUUUGCGCUACCUCCCUGGGCUACAAUCAACCAGCUCUUGCUUGAAUUCUGAGUUUUGUUCAACUUUUGCCUCUGGUACACACAAGGCACACACAGCAUGCUAAGCUGAGAUGCCUUGGACAGACUGCCUAUGGCUGGAUAAAUUGCACACGCUGGGCUAGAUUCUCUUAGCAGAAAAAAGGUUUACUCUGCUUACUGAAUAGCAAUUCCUCUGUUGAGGUCUAAAGGAAAGUUGCUAUUCAAUAAGCAGAGUAAACGCUUACUAUGCUAUGAGAAUCCGGCCCACAAUAUCAAAGCUCUUGCUGUUGGUUCUUAAUUAAUUUUACUCUCUAACUCAGGGUUAUUCAAACUCUGGCCCUCCAGAUGUUGCUGAACUACAACUCCCAUGAUUAUUUGAUUGCCAUAGAUUGAUAGAGAAUCAUGGGAGUUGUAGUUCAACACAAUCUGGAGUGCCAGAGUUUGGAGAGCCAUGUAACUCCCUGACACUGGAAGAGCAUACAUCAGUUCUCAUUUGUUUUUUGUUUUUUAAAUCUCUGCUCCUCAUAGGUGCAGAGAUAAAAUAAAAUAAAAUAAAAAAAAAACACAAGCUAGUAUCUCUCAUCAAACCUAGACAAGAAAUUGCUUGCCUCUUCUGGACUACAACCACCAUUAUGCUCAGUGAGAUUUGGCUGAGAUUGGUUGUAGUUAAACUAUAAGUUUUAUUGGGUUCCGAAACAUUUAAAAUAAAGCAAAAAAACAGGGUGCAAGAGAAUACCUAGGGCGCUCAGAUCUUGAGCUAGUUUUAGCUCAUCUAUUACAAAGAAAACCAAGGCAUUUGCAUAUCAAAAGGGUGGUCCAGAUCUUAAAUGCAGGCCAGCUCUCUCUGCACAAGAGAUACAGCAACCUCAGACGAUCAUUUGACCCUGUUUUUUUGUUUUUUUUUAAUGGCACAAGAUGAGCUAAAACCAGCUUGAGAACUGAGCGAGGACCCACCGAAGGGCAAGCUAAUUGACCUGUUGUCUGUUCUCAGUACUCUUUUGCAACCUGUUUUUUUGCUCUCCCUAAGCUUAAAGGGUAAUCCAUACGUUGACCCCUUGCUCACGGUACCUGGAGAGAUAUCGGCUAUACCUCACUGACGAAGCCUAACAAGGUUGAAACGAUUGUCUGGAGUUGCUGUGUCUCCGUGCAGAGAGAGCAGACCUGCAUUUUGGAUCUGCACUGCCCCUUUGGGUUGGAUCAGUAGGAUAUGCAAAUUUCCCUGGUUCUUUUUGUAAUGGCACAAGGGAUCGAAAUGAUUAUUUUUAUUAAACUAAAUAAAAAAAAAUAUAUUUUAAAAAAAAAGCCCCCUUACCCUUAUCACACACACUCUACACACAUACACUGAUCCCCAUACUGCCCCCCAUUCACCCAUACUGCCCCCCCAUACACAUACUGCCCCCCCAUACACAUAUACUGCCCCUAUACUGCCCCCAUACACCAUGCCCCCUCUAUACACACAUUUGCCCCCAUACAUAUACUGCCCCCAUACACAUUGCCCCCAUACUGCCCCCAUACACACACACAUUGCCGCCUCUAUAUACACAUUGCCCCCAUACUGCCCCCUAUACACACAUUGCCCCCAUACACAUAUUGCCCCCUAUACACAUAUACUGCCCUCACCAUACACCCAUUGCCCCCCCCAUAUACUGCCUACUUUAUACACACAUUGCUGCCCUAUACACACAUUGCCCCCUAUACUCCCCCCUAUACACCCAUACUGCCCCCUAUACACACAUUGCCCCCCAUACACAUAUAUACUGCCCCCCAUACACCCAUACUGCCCCCCCAUACACACACACUGCCCCCCAUACACACACACACAUCAGCCCAUACACACACACACAUUGCCCCUAUACUGCCCCCCCAUACACACCAUACUGCCCCCUAUACACCCAUACUGACACCCAUACUGCCCCCAUAUACACACAUUGCCCCAUACACCUAUACUGCCCCCCCAUACACACACACAUUGCCCCCAUACUACCCCCAUACACACACACUGCCCCCCAUACACACACACACUGCCCCCCCCAUACACCCUACUGCCCCCAUACACCCACACUGCCCCCCCUCACCCACUGCCCCCAUACACCCACACUGCCCCCCCGCACACACUCCCUACACACAUACACUGCCGGGAUACACACACUGUCCCCCAUACACACACGCUGCCCUGCCCCCAUACACACACUCUACACACAUACACUGCCCCAUACACACACACUGCCCCCCAUACACACACUCUACACACAUACACUAGCCGAUACACACACACUGCCCCCAUACACUGCCGCCCCAUACACUGCAAUACUCACACACACACUGCAACUGUUACACACACAUACUGUCCCACACACACACUGCCGCCCUCACACACACACUGCGCACACACUGUCCCCCUCACACACACACACACUGCACCACUCACACACACCACUGCUCCUAUGCCCUACUACCUCCCCAUUUCCCAGCAGACCUCAGGUAAGUUGUCAAACUGUUCUUAAACGGUUUGACUACUUACUCUGGGAGGGGGUCCCGGCACUAUUGACACCAUAACUACUACACUGAGCUGUAGUUGUUAUUGUGUCUGGAUUAUUUCUUUAAAUAAUCUACAAGUGCCCCUCCCGAGAUCAGGCUCUGGAUCCGCCACUGUAUUCAGUAGUUGGCUGAGCCUGACAAGAUUUUUUGUUUAACGUAGUUCUAUAUGGCAAGUCACCAGUUCAAUGGAUAAAAAUAAAGUAAUACCUAAAAACAGCACUUGAACUAAUACAGUCCCAAAUCAGAAUAUUUUUAGACAAAUCCCUUAAUCUGAAUAAAACAGAUCAUGUCAAUGAGAAUAUUUUCAUUUGUCCUUAUCGCUUCUCUACGAGAAACAGUUUAUUGAACAAUACUCAGUAAAAGCAAGGAAGUAUGACUCGUCAAGAUGGAGCGAAUCUUCAUUAGCUGCAGAGGCCAGUUUUGCAGCUAAUAAAAUAUACUUUUUGGGGAUUUGGGAAAUAUUUGCAAAUGCAUAGUUUUUUGCAACUGUUAAUUAUAUGCCUUCAAAUGUAUACAUUUUUGUAAAUAGAAAUUCUCUUUAAGCAAAAACAUAUAUCUACAAAUCUGUACAAUGCAAGUGGAUUAAGGCAGCAAUGACUCUGGUAAAAGUAAAUGUUUGCUUAUACUUAAAUUUAGCUACCUGAAAAUACAUAUUUAUUUUUAGUCAAUGCUCUGCAGUUCCUGGUUUUGAUUUAACUGCAAUGUGUGUAUUUAGAGUCAGUUUGGAUAAUGGCUACAUGAUUUUACCUUACAAAGUCACUUGUUGCUAUGUUUGAAAGAAGCUCUACUCUUGCUUUUAAUAGAACUUUAUUUCGAAGAAGUGCCUGGUAGAAAUCUCAUUUCUUACCAUCGGUGGCUGCAAAGACCUGCUGUUUUCCAUUAAUGUAAAAUUAAACUUUUACCUCUUGUAACUUCCCAUUCUCAUCUGAUUCAGAUAUUAGCUGGUACAGUUUUUCAACAAAAAAUUAUCUUUUUUUAUGGUUUAUACCCUUGCCCCUAACCCUACCACUAGAGUUAGGGUUAGGGUAGGGUUAGGGGUAUGUUCAGGGUAGGGUUAGGUGCUCGGACUGCCACCACAGCCACUUACACAUCUAUAGGGCUCCCAGUGCCAGGAAUUAGCUUAUUGGUCUAGAUUCCUGUCAUCAUUCACGUAAUUUUCCCUCCCUCUCUUGUUUUGCCACUUUUCAGAAAUCCAAAGCAUCCAAAAUUCGGCACUUCGGCAUUCAGUUCGGAUAGGCACAUCUGAAAUUCGGGAAUUUGACACUUCUGCAAUUCGGUUCGGAACUUCUGAAAUUCGGCACUUUGGCAAUUCAGAGAGUCGGAAGCACCCGAAUGUCUGAAUUGCCGACAUUUGUCCGAAUUUACGUUCGGAACUAAAAGAAUUGCACAUGUCUAAUAAAUACUCUAAAAUUGGCAAUAAAUUGCACUCACAUAUCAAGUUAUAUAUCCCUAGCUGACACAACUUACUUGUCUCCCUCUGUCUUUUUUAGAUUUCUCCAAAUUCAGAGCUUUGUCACUUUGCUAUCUAUUAAAGUGUCAGCUAAGAUUCACAUUACUUUCUUUGAAAAGUGAUAUUUUACUGAGUAACUCAAAACCCAUCAUUGGUAUACCACCUCAUAUAGCCAGGGAACUUGAGGUGGAAUGGAGAUGUGGUUUGGUUCUUCAUAGGUAUCAUGCUGCCACUAAUCGGUUUGUUAGAGUUAUUGCAAUUAUUGGUUAAACCUUUCCAGCUACCAAUUCUGAUAUCAAUAUUACAGAUGAAGAUGGUUUAGUCUUGGUGAAUAGCUGAAUAGAGUAUUUUUAGUUUUAAUUCAAUAAUACCUUUUUAUACCAGUUAACAGAUUUUUUUUUAAAAUUUAAUUAGGACCUUCUGGACCAAGAGGACCCUCUGGACCAAUGGGCAUUCCUGGGCCACAGGUGGGUUUAUAAACCUCCAUCAUAUCUUGUGCAUUUGAAAAUAUUUAGCCAAAUUCUGUUUUGCACUCUUCAAAGGGAAAUUAUAUUUUCAUGUACAUAUUACUCUGGUUUAGUUUUGAAGGAAUUUUUUUUUAGCUUAUAUAUAGUCUUUGUUGCUUAAAGGGGCACUAAACUGUCGAAAUAAAUUUUAAAAAAAUCCAAAAAUCAAUAUUUAGUAGAUAUACACCCAAUGACAACAUGCACAAAUGUAACUAUGCAUUUUCCAUUGGGGUUAUAUCUAAAAACAUCUUUCAAAAGCCGCAGUUCUCUUAUCUGCAGCAUUUACAAGUCCUCUUUGUCUUUCCCAGCCCAAACUUUCUGUGUCUGUCCAAUCAAAGAUAUUUCAAUGUCGCUCAAUGAGAAGCCUUUGCAAGGCAGGCACUCUGUGAAAUUGCUACCUUUUGAAAGUAGUUCCACUGAGCUAAAUAAAGCAGCAAGUCAUAGGACCUGAUGGACAGCUAGGGGGUGCAACAAGGUUAAUUUAUAAAAGUGCCAAAGAGGACACACUAAUCACACAUAAAGCAUUUCAGCAAGCUAAAGGGGUUUAUGGGUCCAUAGUGUGUAUCCUUUAUUGUACUUAUAACUGGAAUAAAUACCUUUUUUCUGUAGGUAAUUUAAACAUUUUGCAGUUGUUAUCUUUUCUUUUCCAGUUUAAUGCAAGUUAAAGACAUAAUAUUGACUGAAAUAGCAAUUGCAUUUGUCCUGACGGUAGUUUUGGACGAUAUAGCAUAGAAACCUGGCAUUAGCAUAGACAUUAAAAUGUAACAACAAGCACUAAUUAUCAGUCACUAACAGUAACAUCAAAUUGCCAACUUUAUAGCCUAUUAAACUUUAUCGGCUUCUGCAUAGCUAAUUGUGAUGAACACAGCAGUGGAUAUGUAAAGUUGAAUAGGCUGCACUCUCCAGUAUGGGAUUUCCAAAUGCUUUAGUGUCCUUGCCCCUAUUCAAAAAACAUAUAUAUAUAUAUAUAUAUAUAUAUAUAUAUAUAUAUGCAAUAUAAAAUAACAACAUUAAUUAUUUUACUUACCUUUUUCAAGAGCCUGGACUCACCAAGUGCUGCUUACCUCUCUGAGUCACCAGAAGUCAUGGAGAAGGCAUGGCCUCCUCUGCCAAUUACCAUUCCAAUGUUCCUCAUUGAGGAACUUUGGGGACCCGAUGUGCAUGCUCUGCAAGUGCCACACGCAUCCAAGCUUCCACAUAGCAAAGCUUUGUAUCAUGGGGGCUUCCUCAUCCUGUGACAUAGUUUCACCAGAGGAUGAUGUAAACCUUGCAGUUUAUUUUUUUUAAAAAACCUGUUUUACAUUGCAGGUUUAAGAGGACAGGACCACUGCACCCAGACUUCAUUGAGAUGAAAUGGACUGGAUGACUUUAGUGGUCCUUUAACAUUUUAUCUGUGUUAUGAGAUAUUGUGUAGUAAACUAAAUAGAGCAUUGCAGAGCAAGUAUAUAGCGUAUAGGGGGAGAGAAAAAGUAAUGCUAUAUAAUUUUAUACUUUGUAUUUUCUCUCUUAUGAAAAUGCUUCCUUCUACAGUAUUAUUUUGUUUCCCAAGGAUAUUUAUGUCUUGUAAACCAAGUCUUAUGUACAUCAAAUAUGAAAUCUUUGGCAUGUUUUACUAGAUAGAUUUACUAUUUUUUAUAGGGUAAACCAGGAUUAGCAGGUCAGCCAGGAACAAAGGGAGAAAAAGGAGACCAAGGGGAAAGGGUGAGUGGCAUAUCGUUCUUAUUAUUCUGUUUGUUCUUUGUUUGUAACCAAUAAAUCUGUAGGCUAAAGCAGGGGCAGUGAUCCUCAGCUGUUGUUGAACUAACAUUCCAUUCUCAAAAUUCUGUGACAGCUGUCGGCAGCUGGAGAACCAACAGCUCGAAGGACAAGUUUGGGCUCUUGUGACAUAAAUUAAUGGUAACACAGUGUUUAUUUUAAUGCUAGAAAACAGGUCAUUCAUGUUUCUCUAUUAUGAAAUUAAUAAACAAGAGCAGAUAAAGGACUUUUGUAAACAAAUAAAAUUGUAUAGUACAUAACAAACUAAAUUAUGUCCAAUCUUUUUUUUUUAUCAUGCUAGUUUUGCUGCUAUUGUUGUUAAAUGAACGCCUAAAACAUCCAUUUCUUACCAAAUAUAGAAAAGGCGUGUUACUGAAAUUCUAUAUUAUUUCAAUACCUGUUACCAAUGCAUUUGUUUUGGUUUUUUUUUGUUCACCAUGUUGAGUCUGAUAUAUGGUUUCAAUAAACUAAAAAGUUUACAUUUCUCCUACUGAAUAUAUUCUAUCUUACUUUUUCCUUUGUUUUCUUAAUUUGUUUUCAACAGGGUUUGCCAGGAUUGACAGGAGAGCAAGGUAUUAGAGGUCCACCUGUAAGUACCAACCACGCAAUGCCUUUGUCUAUGAAGCAUUAUAAUAUUUUGGGUUUUUUUUGUGUAUGCUUGUAGAUCUACUUUUUAAUGCACAGAUCUAAUCAGCCAAUCACGUGCGCAGCAUCUCAAUGCAUAAGAUUAUACAGACUUAGUGAAGAGCAAGGGUGGGCAAAUGGUAGACCUCCAGAUGUUAUGGGACUACAAGUUCUAUGAUGCUUUGUCAGCCUUAUGGUUGAGCAAGCAUUAUGGGAGUUUUAAUUCUGUCUUUUGGCAAUCACUGGUAAAGUGUUUCAGCUCUUCUACGCUGUGCUUUCAAUAUUGAAUAGCUUGUUACUUUAUUUGUGCCUUUUAUGUAUAACUGUGAACGUUUUCGGUUCUAGUAAGCCUUCUUAUAAGGUUCGGUUUUAUAUUGCACAAUGCCCUUUAUUGCAUUGUGUUUACUAGUUUAUUCUUUAAUUAAAAAGACCGGAUCAAAAUAUACAACAUAGUGUGGAAGAAGUGCACUUUUAGAUGAUUAAUGAAACCAGACAUGGUCAUUUAAAUAUUUCAGAAACUACAAGUCUCCUGGGAUUUUAUACAAAACAGUCUCUAGGAUUUACAAAGAAUGGCGAACCCCUCGACCCCAGCAAACAAUAAUAAUAAUUUAAAAAUCCAGUAAUGUGGGAGAUAAGAGAGUUUGAAGGGGAAUGGGCAGAUUGGUUCAAGCUGACAGGAAGAAGUCACUAACUGAAAUAGACACGUUACAACAGCGCUAUGCGGAAGAGUAUCUCUGAAAAUAGAGCAUGAACUGGAUGGGUUUCACUUCUCUCAACUAUGAACAGGGAAUCGAGGCUACAAUGAGAACAGCGGCACCAAAACUGGACAGGAUAAAAUUUGAAAAAGCUUGGCCAGCUCAGACAAAUGACUUCUCCUGUGAGAAAAUUUUUUAGCAUAACAUAACGAAGCAAUUCUAAUUGCAUUGCUCGUCAUUUAAACAUUGCAGUGUCCAUUUGGAAAAGAGCAUCAGACAGACACUAUUGUUCUCUGUUGCCUGUUUUUAGAAAUACUACAUAUUUGUAUAGCACUAUAUCCAUUAAGCUUUUAAAAGGGUUUAUCUAUGUGGAGAUCAUGUGGUUUCCAGCCUGGAAAAUGCCAUUCAAGAAAUGUUUUAAAACAUUUUUAUUUUAAAGGGACGCUAUAGUCACUAGAACAACUACAGCUUAUUGAAUUUGUUCUGGUGAGUAGAAUCAUUACCUUCAGGCUUUUUGCUGUAAACACUGUCUUUUCUGAGAAAAUGCAGUGUUACAUUACAGCCUAGUGAUAACUUCACUGGCCACUCCUCAGAUGGCUGUUAGAGAUCCUUCCUGGUUCAUGGCUGCCUAAAAUGCAUCCAAACAUUCAGUAUCUCCUCCCUCUGCAUGCAGACACUCAACUUUCCUCAUAGAGAUUCAUUGAUUCAAUUAAUCUCUAUGAGGAGAUGCUGAUUGGCCAUGGCUGUGUUUGAAUCAUGCUGGCUCUGCCCCUGAUCUGCCUCCUUGUCAGUCUCAGCCAAUCCUAUGGGGAUGCACUGUGAUUGGAUCAGGCCACCACUUCUGAUGAUGUCAGCAGACUACUUGUUUUUUUUAGGCAAACAGCAUGCAGAGUUACAGCUUCUGGCUUGGAUACAGUAAGAUUUUGCUAUAUUUAUGGAGGCAUGAGGGGCCCAGGGGGUCUAGAUGGUGGUGUUAACACUAUAGGGUCAGGAAUACAUGUUUGUGUUCCUGACCCUAUAGUGAUCCUUUAAUUUUCUUUAAAAUAUGCAUGUUGUUUCCUGAUAAAAAAAACAAGGUUUUUUAAAAGAGUAGCAGAUGGUGUGCUUGUUAUCAGAAAAAAACAGCAUUAGCCAACAUAUUUAAAAAUGUAAAGCAUUUAUAUAUUUUUUCACUUCUAACAAUUUUAAAACUGUUAUUUAUUCUUCUCAUUGUAUGAUAUUAGCAGGGUUUUAUACUAAAGUUGGGCAUUAAAAGUGAAUUCAAAAUUAAUUUAAAAUUUCAGGCCAAAAUAGGUGAAUUUGAAAUAUUCUUUAAAUCAGCUAGCUAUGCUUCCAGCUCGGAUUAUUUUGACCAAAUUUAAAAUUCACUUUGAAUUCACAUUGGUUUCCUGGCAAUUUUCACUUCAGUUAUUAUACCUGUAUAAGACUGAAUUUAUUUAAAAAUGUUUUCACAGGUUUAUUGAUUAAACUGAGAAUCCAACGCAAAUUUCAAACUACAGAUCAAAAUAGCUGAACUUUAAAAAUGAUCAAUCAGCUAUAUUCUCACUUUGGCUACUUUAGACAUAAAUUUGAAAUUCAUUUUCAAUUCUCACUUUAGUAAUUGAACAUGUCAGUUUCACAUACUAUUCUCUCAUCUUUUGAAUUAUUACAUUCUUUCGAGAACUUUUAACAGAUCAAUCAUUUGUUGAAAUGUAGACUUGGUUUAGCAUCUGAUUUCUGCUCAUUUUCAGGUUUGAAAACGACUAAAAAGUUCAUUUUGGUGUGUUCCUUUUAGGGUGAAGCUGGUAUUAAUGAAGAAGGACACAAAGGAGAAGAGGUAUGAGCACCAAACACAUUUAAAGGGACACUGUAGGCACUUUGAUAACUUCAUCUUUGUGAAGUUGUUAUAGUGCCUGCAGUCCUGCCCCAUCUUCCAACUCCCCAAAACCCACUAUUAAACUAAUUAGAAUUAUACUUGGAAUCUUGACUUCAAGCUACGCCUCCAAGACCUGUGCACACGAGAGGUGGGAAUCUUACUUCCCGACACUCACGCUACAGUCGGCAAUAGAGAAUCAUUGAAUACAACGAUUCUCUCUGAAAGAAUUAUAGGCGCGUUGGAUUGGCCCAUCAUCCUGGAGGAACCUCUCCAGGAAGACACAAACCUUAUAAGGAAGUUAUGGCAGCGCCGACGCUGGAGAAAAGGUGAGUUGUUUUUGUUUGUUAUAUUUUUGUUUGUUUUACACAUGGGGAGGGACCUAAUUGCUAUAGGGCAUCAGGGCUGUAGCAUUAGGAAUACAGAUAUGUAUUCCUUUCACUACAGUAUUCCUUUAAUGUUUCUUUCAAUACUUAAAAUUCUAACAUUUACACUGAUAUAUUUCACUAAACAGUGAGUUGUGGAAACAAUUCUUCCAAAAAAUGCUGUUUAGCUAAUGCAUUUCUGUUAUAUCAAUAUUUUAGUUUGUGUAGGACAGCUUUAAGCAACCCAAUUGAAGUGACCUCCACUUACUUUGAUUAACUGAUUUUAAGUUCAAAUUCACUGAUCAAAAUCUCACUUUCACAUAUAAAUCUUAAAAAUGUGGAACUUCAGUACUAUCAUAUGUUUUAUAUAUAAGUGCUUACCUUACACAGAAAAUAAAAUAUUAGAAACAAUGGUCAACAUAUGAAAUGUUGAAGAAUCUUUAUUAAGAUUAAUAAAUGCCUCUUAUCUCCACAAUGAAUUUGUUUCCUUUAUCAAAAGAGUUUAUCGGGAUAUUUGGAAGUUCUGUACUAAACAAAAUUGAAGAUAAAAAAAAUGUGUUUCUCAAAAUGAUUGAACUGCAUAUUCUAUUAGAGGAAUAAUACAGACACUAUAACCAAAGCAAGCACGCUGUGGUGGCUGUGGUGUCCUCGUGUCCAAUCCCGCUCAACUCUGCUCAAUGUAUAUAUUCAAACUGUGUUAGAAUGGUUUGACUUCUUACUUGGGUUCUACUUGGCGCUGCUCCCUGUCUCAUUACAUCAGCCAGAGAGCCAGAAACUCUCUGUCUAAGCUAAGCCCAGUGGCGCAGGCAUAGCUUAUUGGCAGAGAGUGAUUAGAAAAUGAGCAAGCCCACUGGAGAGCCAACAGAAAUGAAUAAGCCUUCACUUCCAGCAUUCUGGCAGAGGCAGGGAGCAGUGACCGGUGUACCCCAGGUAAAAAGUCCAAAUGUACUGAAAUGGUUUGACUAUAUACAAUGGGGGAAGGAGCGGAAACAGGUUAUUCAUGGUUAAAUUGCUUGGAAUAUUCUUUUAAGAGAUAGAUCUGAAAUGCAUCUAUGCUUAUAAAGGUCUUACAGCACCGUGGAGGUAUGGGGUGAGCGAUUCACUGGACAAUAUGUGUACAUAAUUACUUUGAACAUUAUUUUAGUUUAAACUAUAAAUUGUUGUUUUGUUACAGGGAGAAGGUGUCCAACAGCUAAGAGAAGCCCUGAAAAUUUUAGCAGAGAGAGUAUUGAUUCUGGAACACAUGAUAGGAAUUCAUGGUGGGUAACAAUAAAUAUUUUAAUGUUUUACAUUUUCAUAAAGGAAUGCUAAAAUUAUAAUGUGGUCCGUGUGAAAUAGGGUUAUUCACUAAAAUCAGAACUGUCCUGAAUUCAAAGUAUUUUUUCCAGUUCAGCUGCAUUGGCCAUUACAUUGAAAUUCACUUUGAAUUCUAAUUUCAGUGAAUAACCCUGCUAACGUUUUCAGUAUAUCUGUUUCCUUCCAAGGACUGAAUUAACUUAAUGUUUAAAUCUUGUAGUUGUCAUUCCAAUCACUAUGAUUACAAAAAAAGAGAGGCAUUGUUCUGAUUUAGAUUUAAGUAGGAUGUAGAUGUGAAGCAGGUACCUGAUAGCAAUAUGCAUUUAAAGGAGGACAAUCUUUUCCCAGAACUUUUAACAAUAUGUUUACUUAUUAAUAUUUUUACAAAUAUGCACACAGUGGUAUAAAGAGUAAAAUGAGAUGUAGAAAUCCACAUCUCUUUAUCCUGCAGCUGGGCGCCUCCAUCUAAGCUCCCUGACAAUUGUUAUUUUCCUCUGCACAUGAGUAGAAAAUGCGUUGUCUGAACUGGAUCAAGAUGUAAUUUGCUAAAUCUUUAACAUAGAUUUAAAAGAAAAUUGAGCAUCUCAUGUAAAAAGGUAGCACAAAUUAUUGGUCAUUUUCAAUUAUUUAUCAAAUGGUUUACAUUUCCAGUAAAUUCCAGUUUCCCUUUAAGCAAUUGUGAUAUGGUAGCAUCAAUAUUGCUAUCACUACCCUCUUCACCUGUUUUUUAGAUAUGGAUGAUUGAUACAACAAAUGUGCUGGCCUUGUAGGGCAGGUAGGGUUGACGUUGUAUAACAAUAUAUUUAUAUGAAUCUUGUAUAAGAACAGAUUUAUAAACAGUCUAAGUGACUGCAACCAAAAAAUUAUAUGUGUCCUAUCAACUCUUGAAGAUCACUCCAGGAACCAUAACAUCUUCAUCGGAUUUAAAUUGUUAUGGUUCCAGGAGGUCCUUGGUGCCAGUUCAACCAUGAAGUCCUUAGUCAGCUCUGCCCACGAACUUCCACUGUAGUCCAAGGCUACAAUCAGGAAGCUGACACUGACACAAUAGCUCAAUAGAGUGAGAAAAAUGCAUAUGUUUCUCACUCCUUUUUGUGAAUGGGGAUCUACUGAUAGAAUAAGAGUGUCAUGUGACACUAUCAGCUUAUCAGCGGCACCCCUGUCAGAGGUUUCCUGAUUGAAGCCUCAAACUGUAACAGCAGUUUGGUACAGAACUGACUCAGUUUAACCUCUGAAGAUUAGCCAGCACCAGAGCCCUCCUGGCACCCUAACAACUUGAUUCUGAUUAAGUUGUUAUGGUGCCAGGAUAUCUUCUUUAAUUUCAAAAUACAUUUAUUAUGGCUAGACCAUAGCUUUAACAGAGGCUUCACAGGCUAGAAUCUGGCUGAUAUGGGGAAUGGAUAACAAAAGGUGUAAUUAUUCUAUUUUCAUAUGUUGCUAUUUAUAAGUUAAUUUUGAGAAAUUCCUAAUUUACCCUAUGAUUAUCAUAGCUUUGUAUGUAGUUCUCUCAUAAGUGGCAUAUGACUUGUACAUGGUUUGUUUUUAUAAUAAAAUUGCAGUUAUAUGUUACAUUUUAUUUGCUCUUAUAUUUAUAAGUUGAGAACCAUAAAUCUUAAAGUUCUAUGGUUACAUUAGAACUAAAAAUACUAUUGUGAAAGACCAUGUAGAAAUAAAGUGCUUGUUUUUUAACACCUGCAAGAAGAGGACCACUCUAUGAUGGACCUUCACCUCCUUUCCCAGUUAUUGAUAUAGUUCUUAAAAUAAUAGGCUUGAUUGGAACAUUUCAGCUACCCGAGAUUAACCCCUUCCCGACUGCAGACGAAAAUUUUCCGUUAACCUUGUGCUUCAGUUAAGGACCGUUGACGGAAAAUUUCCGUCAUUUACUAAAGUUGACCCCAGAUCGCGGCGAUCGCCGCAAUUGCGGCGAUUGCCGUGAUUGCAGGGUUAACAGUGCUCCGGUCUGCCUCUGUAUUAAAGGCGGACCGGGAGCACCUGAUCGGGCUGCCCCAGCACCGGUGCUCGCUAUGACAUGUGCUCAGUGUACUUACCUUCCGCCUCCCUGCACUUCCGGGUUCUGUGUGAAGUGCAGGGAGACGGAUCAGUGCUGCUGAUCUUCUCCCUGUGUAAAAAUAAAUAAAAUAAAGUUAAAUCCCACCCCCUUUCCCCUGCUUUAAUAAAAUUAACCCCUUCCUGCCAAUUGAUCACUGACUACAGUGAUCAAUUGGCAGGGUAUACAUUUUAAUGUCAUCUGAUUUUUUUUUAACCCCCUGAGGGUUAAUUAUAUAUUUUUUAACCCUCAGGGGUUAAAUUUAUUUUAUUAAUUAAUUUAAAUAUUUCAAAAUUAUAUAUUUAGCUAGCUGGGAUGGGUGGAAGUUAGUGGGGAAUUGGGGAAUUUGGUGUUAGGCUACCUAGGGGUUAACGUUAAAAAAAAGUUUUAAAAUAAGCUUUAAAAAGGUAAAAAAAAGUUUUAAAAAAAAUGUUUUAGUAACGUUUAAGUAAAAAAAAAUAAAUACCACCCCCCUUUACCCAGUCUAAAUAAAAAUUAACCCCUUCCCUGCCAGUUGAUCGCUGCCUACAGUGAUCAAAAUACAGAUCACAGUAUUAUACUGUAAUCUAAUUUCUUUUAACCAUGAGGAUUAACUUUUAUUUAUUUUUUAACCCUCAGGGGUUCAAUUUAUUUAAUUAAUUAAUUUAAAUGGUUUAUAAUUAUAUAUAUUUUGCUAGCUGGAGUGGGUGGGAGUUAUGGGAAAGGGGGAAAUUUACUGUUAGUGCUGCUUACUGCUAGUUAGGGGUUAACGGUAAAAGAAAAGUUUAGAAAAAAAUUUCAAAGUGUAAAAAAAGUUAAGAAAGUGUAAAACAUUUAAUAAGUAAAAAAAAGUUUAAAAACGGGUUUUACAAAGUAAAAAAAGUUUUACAAAGUAAAAAAAAACAUUAAAAAAUGCUCAUUAUCACUACACUUGGUACAAGCUAGCGGAAAAAUGAUCCCACGCUAAGGUUCAAAAUAUGCCUUUUGAAUUACCCUGGGAUGUCUUCUUUAAGAAAUGGUAUGCCUUUAUGGUGUAAUUGGAUUAUAUAGCCUUGUAAAAUACUCUAAAAUGGGACAUGGACACAGCGUAAAAAUUCAAAAUUUGAGAAAAACUGGAAUGGCUGUGUCUCAAAUGUGCCCCUUCAAUGUCCACAUAUACUUGGCAAAGGUACAUACGGGGUUAUUGCUGUACUCAACCGACAUAGCUGAGCAACAUAAGAAGUAGUAUACAGUCGUAGUACACAUAAGGUUUGCAAAAUAUACUGUGCAAACUCGCUUUGUGUGUCAAAAAGGCAGAAAAAAUGCUUAUUACCACUACGGUUGCUACAAGCUAGCGGAAAAAUGAUCCCACACUAAGGUUCAAAAUAGGCCUUUUGAAAUACCCUGGGAUGUCUUCUUUAAGAAAUGGUAUUGCUUUAUGGUGUAGUUGUAAUAUGUAGCCUGCUCAAGUGCUCCAAAGUGGGACACGGACGCAUCAAAACCCUCCAUGAAAAUUCACACUUAAAAACCUUAACUUGUCACGUCUCUUUUACAGCAGUGUAACUUCACAAAAUAGUGUCUAGGUCAUACACUGGGCAUAUUGUUUUACUCAGAAGACUUAGCUGAGCAUAAUUUGAGGGGUUUGAAUUUAGUGGCACAUAUGAAAUGUACAAAAUGCUCAGUACAAAUGUAAUCCGUAUGUAAAAAAUGCCCCAAAUUAUUUUUUACCACAUACUUUGACAUACCGUAUUUAUCGGCGUAUAACACGCACCUCAUUUUAAGAAAGAAAUUUCAGGGGGAAAAAAACUUACAUUUCAAAUAAAGAACUUCUUACCCCCUUCUUACUUCCCCCUCUUACCCCCUUCUUACUCCCCCCUCCCCCUCUUCUUACACCCCUUUCUUACUCCCCUCCCCUACCUCCCUCCCCUCUUCUUACCCCUUUUCUUACUCCCCUCCCCUCCCCUCUAUCUUACCCCCUCCCCCUCUUCUUACUCCCCCCCCUCUUCUUACCCCCUCCCCUGUAGCGUGGCCGAGCUGCUCUGCUGUCCGCGGUGGCGUGAUAGGAAGGUGCACGCUCAGUGUGCACCUUCCUGUCAGUCCGACCGGGUACAGGAAACAGAAACUCCUGUUCCGCGCGGAACAGGAGUUUCUGUUUCCUGUACCCGGUUGGACUGACAGGAAGGUGCACACUGAGCGUGCACCUUCCUAUCACUCCGGCCGGCCACCGCGGACAGCAGAGCAGCUCGGCCACGCUACAGGGGAGGGGAGGUGAGAACCAACUGCAGCCGCCUGACCGCUCUUGACAGAGCGCUCAGGUGGCUGCAGCAUAUAAAGGGCCGGCGUAUAACACGCACCCAUAAUUUGCCCCCUAUUUUCAGGGAGAAAAAGUGCGUGUUAUACGCCGAUAAAUACGGUAUAUUGGUGAAAAAAUGGGGGCAUGUUAAGGCACAAUAUGCACCAUAUGAGAUACCCUGGAGUGCCUACUUUUACAAAUGGUAGGCCUUUGUGGGGGGUUUUUGAACAGUCAAACUGCUAUAAUACCCCAAAUUGAAGCAUAGGCCCAUUAAUUCCGCCUCUCAAAAUUAUACUGUAAAUGUUGAAACGGACAGGUCUCCUAUAUGGCACUGUAGCUUCAUGAAAUAGUAUCAAAGACAUACAAUGGGGGUAUCGUUGUACUCAGCAGAAGUAACUGAACACAAAAUAAAACUUUGUACAGGAAUAGCACACACCAACUUUACAAAAUACACAUGAGAAGUUCUUUGUUAUAAGUUUGUGUGCCAAAACCCCCCAAAAACUAAAUUUUACUCCAAUAUUUAGCAGAGAUUGGCGGUGAAAUGGCUACGUAGAAAGUGUCAAAACAACCUUAGGACAAUAGCCUGUGAUGUCUACUUUAUAUAAAUAUAUACUUUUGUUAGGCAAUUUUGUUUUCUUUUAUGGCUAUUAAGCUUACAAGACAAACAUACCAAAUUCUAAAAUCGCUCCACAUUAAAAGUUUAUUUUACUCCUUGUGCUUUGUGACCUGUAACUACCAAAAAAAACUUAAAAUACCAGACACAUUAUAUAUUCUGUAAAUCAGAACAACUAAAUGAAUUUAUUUUUAAUUACUUUCUUUAACCUGCACUAAUUAGGCACACAUUAUUAUUGCAAAAACUGUACAAAAAACACAUUUUUCUUUUUUUUGCAUUUUUCUUUUUUUUUAAUUUAUGUUACAUCAAAUUAAAGCCCUUUCUGUCCUUUAAAAAACAGUAUAUAAUAUUUGUCGGUGCAAUAAACGAGAGAGAUGCAAAUUGCAGUUGAACGCAUACAGCAAGAAAAUGCAAAAAUUGCUUGUGUCAUUAAGCGUAAGACAAGCUUCUAAAGCUGUGUCCUUAAGGGGUUAAAGCAAUUUGCUCCUCCUGCAAAGGGAAGAAGAGUUUAAUUAAUUUGUUUAAAUCUGAAGGCAGGUGUAUUAAUAUUUUGGUAGACAUAGACGCUAUUAAUGUUUUGUGCUAUUUCUGAAGGCAUGUACCAUCUUCAGUGGACGAAUUAGGGUAUUAAUAUCAGAUACUUGUUCGAGCUGAGGAAUAGAACAAUUAUUUUAUAAACAACAAUUGUUGACUUGUAAAUGACUGUGACCCAGUGUUCUUGUCAUAUAUUCAACCACCUCCGUAUUAUGGACCUCCAGGCACUCACCAUUACUUAUUCUAUAUAACAUCAUCUAUAUAACAUCAUCUACAUAACGCUGGGGCUUACAACCCAUAGUUCCAUAUGCUUCCAUACAAAGAAAAAAGUGGAUACAUUUUGUUGCUUGUUAUAGUUUGUAGUAAAUUAAAAUAUGUUUUACUUACUUUAUUUUAUCUGUAUCUUUGAACAACAAAAAUCAAAACAUUUUUUUAAGGAUUUAAUACUUUUCUGUCUUUUCCAGAUACAACUUCUUCUGUUGAGCCAGGUUCAGGACAGGAUAUUCCAGGUUCAUUUAUGCCUAGCAACAUUAAACUCAAACGGCAACAGCAGCAGCAGCGGUACCCGGAAUAUGACAUUUUUUCAUCACUGCUGUAUGACAGGGAAUCUGAUCAAAAAUGAGAAAAUGUAGCACCCAUCUUUUCUGAAAUCAGUACAUGACUGCCCACUGAUUAAAGCCAAAGUAUUAUUCCAGUAUUGUCAGAAAGUGCCUUACAAACAUUUGCAAGAUUUUUGUUCUUUAAAAGGAGACAUUUUUAUGAAAUUACCUUUAACUACAUUUUUUAAAAAUCACUUAAUUGCUGUUUACAUUUUGGUAUAGAUUUGCAUUUAUUUCAUUUAUUGUGCCGUUUCAGAUACAAAGUUGUUCUGAAAUAUACCUGUCUUCUUAUUACAACCCUGUCACAGAUUUUAGGAUAGUGCAUCUGUUUAUUUUGCAGAAUGACGUUCUAUGGUGUUCCUAAGACAUCUUCUACAUCGUGGACACCUUGUAUUACUCAAUGAAAAAAGAGCAUUUCAUUUUAUUCAUUUUAAAAAAGAAAAACUAAAAUAAAAUUUCUUCUUCUGAAUUACCAGCUAAAAUGUCCUUAACAAAAUACCACAUGUAUAAAAAUACAGUCAAUGUUUAUGCAUUUUAACUUCAAAAAAUCAUAAGCAGCCCAAAUUGAUGCAAAGUGCAGUAAUAGAUCUGUGGGAUCACAAAAUGUCUUUGCAUUAAGUGUUCCCAGGCACAUAUGGCACAUGUCUUGUACACAUCUAUGACUGUGACUUGGAUGCCAUUCUAAAUGUGUCUCAUAAUCAGCCUACACUUGGGAAAUGCUUAAGUUAAAUGGAAACAGCAUCCAAAUUGUGUUGUAAAGUAAGAAUAUAGAAAUACCACGGGUCUUGAAAAAUCCACGUAAUAUCUCACUGGAAAAUGGCAGCUGAAUUCUGAAAUAUAUGACAAGGAUGCAUGACCCUGUAUAAACCAUUUAUAAAGUAUUGGCAUUUUUUUUUUUUUAAAUAGUAUCAUUUUACCUCAUCUCUCUUGAACCCCAUUCCACUGGGCAAAUAAAUGUCACACAUUCUAUUAAAUUGCAGAACCUUUACAAAUAUGAUAAACCAAAUAUGAUAACUGCAAUCCUAAAGUUUGCCUAUACUGGUGCUAACCGAUACAUAUACAUUUGGAAGACCUACUGAUAACUGUAAACUUUGGUGACCAAAUACAUUUUUAAAGAUCAACCUACACAAAUAUCCAUCUUCAGUAUAAGCUUUGGAUGUAUAUACAUAAAGAAGAAAAUGUGAGGUCAAUAUUUCAUGGCCACGGAGUGUAGCACAAAAAAUAUUUUAUUGUGUUUAGACUCAAACAAUCUUCCAAAGAUUUACUUGGUGUAUAAGGAACAGAGAAGUGUUCUUUUCAAUAGUUCCAAUAUUCAGGAUUGUUUCCCAGAUGCCACAUUUUUGCCAUAAUUCCCACAAGCAGAGUCAUUAGAGAGAUUGUAGGCCCUUCUAAAUGGAAUCCAGAAAUAAAAUAUAUGCAAAUAUAUAAAAACACAGACAGAAGCACAGUUAGAAAGCCACCUUUAAGAUGAUCACAUUUGUACCUACUCGUUUCCAUUAUAGUUUCUUACCAAACUAAAUACAUUGGGCAGCUGUUGAGGACACGUCUGUAUUUACUUCAUGAGCAAUUUCCACUCAGUAUAGACAAAUUCACCAAUUUAAAGAGGUUUUAAGGAUCUGUAUACAAAGUGUUAGAUACAAAGUAACCUGUGUAAAAUAAAGACUAAAAACCAUCAUAAACGAAGUUGGAGUAAAGCCAUUGCCAACACGAAUGUCAAUGUAAGGCACGCUCACCUGUAGUAAAACAAUAAGGUCAACAAUAAGGCCAGACAAGCUACCUAUCCUAAAAUAAAUCCUACUACAGCUUGUCUAUUUUUCUGUGUGACACCUUUUUUUAUUUUUUUAAGUAUAUUUUAUAUACUUGCCAUUACUCAACGUUUUGUUCUUUUUGUUUUCUAAAUCACUGCAUAUCGUUUUUUUACCUUAUGUCAAUAUAUAUAUAUAUGGAGAGUGGGGUUUGUUAGAGGAAGGAAGUCGAAGUUUAAUUCAAAGUUUGACUGAUUAUUUAAAAAAUAAAUAAAUAACAAAAUAAUAGAAAUAUAAAGGUGCAAUGUGUCAUUAAAAUAUAAUGCAGGUAUAAUUUCAUUCUUAUCGUAGAUUAGAUUUACUACUCUUUGUGUCCUAAUUUGGGUGUAAUGCACAAAAUAAAGCUAGAAAAUGUUUUCCACCACUUAAGGUUAAAAUGUAUUAACAUAAUUUUACAAAUACUGUCAGUUAAAGGGAAACAGUCACUUAUCAGCAUUUUUAAUAUUACUUAUUAAAUACUUUAAAUAUUACCCUAUAUUUAACAAAUCCGUAUUUUAUAGAUGAGACAUAAAAUGAAAUGUGGAAAUCAACACCGUUUUAGCCUGCAACUGGGUGCCUCCAUCUUUGUUCCAAGUCAAUCAUUGUAAUAAGCUCUGUUCUUUGCACCUGGUAGUCACCAUUGAGAAAGCAUAUAGAGAAUUUAGAUUUUAAAGAAUGGGGGUUAUGUAUAAAAGUUGUUUGUUCUGAAAAGUGGUGUCAACUUGAUAAAGACAAUCACUCUAUCCAAUGUGCCUGCUGGUUCCAUGCAUUUCCAUGGUGAUUGCCCCACUUUUAGUACUUUAAAACACUUUUCAGAACACAACAAUUUUUAUCAUUAAUCUCCUUUUUUUAUUUUAUUUUUUAAAUGGUGUAAUUUCCAGAGAAGUGACCAUUCCCCUUUAAAAUAAUGUCUUUGCUGCUGAACCUAUUCACAUCUAAAAUGCUUAUUCAGAAUAACAUUUGUAAUAAUUACAAUCAACGGCAAUCUAACUACAUUUUUUCUUAAUGUGAACAAAGGUAAUUUUUAAGGAAAGGAACCAAAUUAUAAAAAUGUUAAUUUUCUAUAUUUAAUAAAUAAUAAAAUUAAAUAUUAAAUGUUUUUACUAAACCAAAAAUGGUAGGUAUUGAGAAGUUCAUAUUUAGACCAAAAUAUUUUGAGGUGAAAUUUUGCUACAGUGAAGGCUUUCUCCACUUCAACUUUUUCUAAAUAUGACAUUUCCUUAUUAAUCAAUUCUCCCAAUGGAUCAACAAAUGGUUUCAAAACUUAUAAAAGAUACAAAAAUGAUGUCUUCAAUGCCCGUCACAAGGCUACGUUCUCAUAACAGGCAAAAUGAUAAUAAUGAGUUGCGUGGCCCAUGAGGUGAACAGCUAGAUCCAUUUCUUGGCUUUAUUUAUCAGCAUAGAGCUAUCAGUUUAACAGAAACCAAUUGUAAACAUAAUAUAUAUUCUCUUCCAGGAAACCUAGUGAUAUUUUCAGAACGGUCCAUUCUAAGUAUAUUUUAGAUACCAUCUCCUCAUGCACUUAUAAUCUUCGCAUAGAGCUGCAAGUGGCCCCUUAGUCAGUCCAUUUAAUGUAUGUGACAACAUAUAAAUCUCAUACAUUGUAUAACAGUAAGCCCAUUGUGCCUUAAAUUCCAAACACUACUACUAAUUUAUAUAUGGCCUCCUGAAACAAUUUCAUUUUUAUGAUACUCUAACUUUAAUCAGGCUGUCGACUAUUUCUGACAGCAGGUGAUAGGGUCGAUAAUCUUACAAUGUUUAGGACACCAGAGUGGUUUGUCAAAUUGCAUGUAAGACAAAUGUUUAAUUUUGAUACUUGUACAAUAAUAACAAGAUGGUUACCUUUUCAUAAAAAUGAGUUAAAUCCUCAUGGAGACCCAGCCGUUAAAUGCAUGGAGAGACACACCUUCCAUCCUAUGCAUGAAUAUUAUAUUAGGAGUCAUUAGAUCUAAUGGUGAACAAACUAGAAAAUAGAAUAUUCACAUAUGCAACCCAUUAGUCUGUCUUAGGCAGGUUACUAAGAUUAAUGGCAUGUACCCGUGAACAGAGCUAAAUGAGUCUGUAUCUAGGGACAAUUCUGUUGUAAUGGUAUUUUCAUUGUUAGAAAUCAAAAUAUAUUGUGUUAAUCUUUUAAGUAUAAAUUCUGUGCAAUAUCUUGAGGUUCACUCUGUUCACUUUAGCAAUUUUGUCAUGUCAUUCUUUGUAUUCCGAAAAAAAAAAAAUAGAUUGCUUGAUUUUCUGAAUGUCUUGAGUAGGAAAUCAAUUACAUUUGAAGUUCAUAUUUUAGAUAUUUGAUGAAUAAAAUAUAUCUGUGCACUACACAACUAGACAAACUUGUCGAAUUAAGUUUUUUAUUUGAUUUUCUAAACAGGCUAUGCCUGUUUAGGACUCUCUAUAAAUAAAAUCAUCCUAAAAAGAUAGUUUAUUAGUAUAUAAGAUAAGGAGAAUAAUCCUUCAGUAACCAAUAAAGACAAUAAUACACUAUAUUCAUAACUUAUUUCGUAAUUUAGUUAUUCAUGAUUUUAUAGCUUUGUAAUAAAUAAUCCUUAGAAAACUUUGCAAUGUAUUACCUAAUGUACUCUAUAAUAUUGUCAUUUGGAUUAAUCAUUAAAUAGCAUGUCAAAUAUGAAAUAUGAUAUAAUAUUAAAUAUUCUCAUCCAGUCUCUAUCCAUUUCAUAGGAUAUAGUUGUAGUUUGUAUUAUCUCAGAUUAGAACAGUUCUUCUCAAACAUAGAAUGUGACGUCAGACAAGAACGAUUCGGCCCAUCUAGUCUGCCAAAUUUUCUAAAUACUUUCAUUAGUCCUUGGUCAUAUCUUAUAGCUAUUAUAGACAUCGAUUUUAAUUCCAAUGAAGAUACUGACAACAUCUGGACUGUUGCUGGGCCGUGAGUACUGGUUUGGGAACCACUGGAUGAAAAGAAAAACAAGAUUUUAAAUGCUUUAUAUCUAAAAGAAAAGAUAAUUUACUAGAUUAUAUAAACAUUCAAGACAAACAGUGAUGAUAAUGAGGAUGAAAAUUGUUACAUUUCUAUGGUACCCAAUCAAGAAUGCCAUGGUUUCUGUGUACGUACGGCCCCUAUACCAUAGAAUUGUAUUAGUUCACCACUAUUCACGGUUUAGAAAAUAACUCCAUAAAUAAAUCUUAAAUCUACCCCUUACAUAUCUGGAUUAUAUUUAGAAUUUAACCCAAAUAGCAACCUAUAACACAAAUAAUGCUGAGAAGAAGGGUGCCUCGAUAUUUACGAAAACAUUACGAAAAAUAUUUAAUUGGAACUUUUACAUAUAAUUUAUGGUGAUCAGGUCAGGUAAAGUGUCCUUUAAUGAUUUCACCACUGACAUUAGAAAAUCAAGCAACUACUGUAUACUGGUGAUGUUUAAUAUCAGCGAUAUGCUCAUUUUGUGUAAGUUUACAUCAUAGCUUUUUAUUGCAUAUUCUACAACAACAAAAAAUAAAUUCUAAAUAAAAGGUGCUAAAAUUGUCCAGGGAGCAAAUGUAGUUGUUAGUAUCUCAGUUAUUUAUAUUAAUGUGUUUGAUGUAUGAUUAUUUAGUCUUAAAGCAUUUUUCAUUUACAAUAAACUCUCAUAUCUUUGUCAUGUAAUGCUGGCUUAUGCUCAUUAUGUAAUAUCUACAUGCAAGUCUCAUUCGUUAAGUUGGGAGUCAGUUUGAUCAGCGGAUCAACAACUGACCUAUCGGCGCAGACUCCACAAUUUUUCUUGGAGCUUUGGAAAAUUAUAAAUUUUAUAGCGAAUUAUUAGGAAAUCAAAGAGUUUGUCAGGCUUAACUCCUGUUAUUGUGAGUAGGUUUGAAAGGUCUAACCACUUAAGGACACAUGACGGAAAUAUUCCGUCAUGAUUCCCUUUUAUUCCAGAAGGUGUGUCCUUAAGGGGUUAACAAGGCAGUUGUCAUCCAUGCUUUAGACAGUCUAGAAUUUAACGUAAAAUAUAAUUACAAAAAGGAAAUUAUAUGUUUUGUUGUACAAAUUGAAUUUAAUCUUUGCAUUUUACUGUGUGGGGGUUGCAGUCAAUGUAUUGUAUUAUUGCCAUUGCUUGAUUACCUAUUAUAUAUGCACUGUUCUCAUUGUUUGAGUUUUUAAAGAAUUGGGUGGGUACACCUACCUACAAGCCACACUUAUCCAAGGCCUUUUUUUGUAAUGCACUGAGAAAUAAACGUACUUUAAUUUACUA